AUGCUGCCACGGGAAGAGCUGGAAGACCUAGCAGAAUGGCUCAAGAGCAUUGGUCACUACGAUGGACCGCCGGAUAGGCUCAUCACCGAUUUCUCGUUUUUGAAGACGUCGUCAGAGGAAGCAGAGACAUCGCCUCACUACCCACCGCUCUACACACACUUCGAUCAGAUUCUCGACGAUCAAUUUCGGAAUCCAAAGCUGAAUUUCGAGUACAUUAUGUAUCGAAACCAGUCGAAGGCAGCUGGCGAAUGGUGGAUGGCUCGUCAGCGAGCGAUGGAGAAGCUGAAGAAGGAGGAGGCGAAGCGACUGGCAAACGAUAUAAAAGCCAACGCGUUCUGGGAGGAGUUGGAACGAAGUCAACACCCCGACCGGGACGUGGAAGCUGACCAGACGACCCAGAUGGAUAAAGACUAUGAUCCAGAAGAGGAUAAGCCAAUGAAGAAGAAGAAGGUUCCAGUUAAAAAGAAGACCGAGCCAGUGAAGAAGGAAUCUACAAAACGAGGAAAACCAGGAAGACCCGGACCAUCGUCUAAACCAAGAGAAGAGCUUCCAGGACCAUCUACCCAGGAUGUCAAGGAAGAGAUUUCAAAGCUUUCAAAAAGAGGAAGACCGGGACCAUCCAAAGAGCUUCCAGAACCUUCCAAAAAACCCAAACUCGAAAUCGAAGAGCCCAAGGAGAACGUCGAGCUACAACAAACGCCGAAAUCAAACAAGAUUCGAAAAAUCUACAAAUGUCCGGAAUGUCACAAGACCAGUGGUCAGGGAACAUGCAUUUGCAAUGGAUGUCACGAAUGGGUGCACUUGAAAUGCGCCAAGAACUUAAAAAUGGAAUCUGGCAUCGAAUGGGUCGCUGACAUAAUCCAACCAUCCGCAGAUCAGAUUGCCGAAGCAGCCAGUGAAGAUUUUGAGACUCAAAAGUGGUUGGAGAGUAUCGGAGGGUCUAUGGAUCCUCCUCCCAACGUCAUCACCAAUUUUAGUUUCCUGGAGAGCCCGAAGAAGGAGGAAGGCGUCUCUCAUGAAGCGGACGAAGGAUAUGGGUCGGUGGAGCCAGAAGAUUUUAACCAGACAAGCCAAGAAGUAGAAGUAGAAUCCAUGCCUACAUUCUUCGACCAAAUCUAUCGAGACAUCCAGAACAACCCUGACAUGGAUAUUGAUUAUUUGAUAACUAGAAACUACUCAAAAGCGGCUGGGACCCUAUUCCUCGCUCGCCAACAAGCCAUCGCCAACUGGGACAGAUGUCUUCAUGUCAAGAGUCGGGAGAUCAGAAGUCUACGUGUCUGGGAUCUUCCGGUGACUGGCAAACGGGAGAGAGUCAAGUCAGCGAGGCAGUUGGAAACGGAGGAGUCGGAGGCGAGGUGGCAGGCGGCGAAGAAGGUCAAGGUGGAAAAGGUUCGCCAAAAUGCUUCUGUUGCCGUUCAGAGAAUCCGAUUUGGAGAACAAGGACUGCCAGUCAAGAAAGUUUCAGCUAGACGACGAAUUCCGAAGAAUCCAGUCGCCAAAACCCAGCCAGAAACCACUUGCCUUGCUUCAAAGAAAUCAGCUGCCCUUGCCUGCCGAUCUCCUGCCCAAUCAGCUACGAUCGUUCCACGUGAUCCCGUCACUACUGUAUCAAUCUCAAACCCAAUGCCUCCACUUUCCCUUGCAUGCCCAUCUUCUGUCCGCCAACAACCUAAAAAGAAGCCAUCCAAACAUCAAUGCCCUGUCUGUCAAAAGCCCGCUCGUUCCGGAACGUGCCAAUGCUUCGGAUGCUCCGGAUGGGUGCAUUUUAAGUGUGCCGCUGGAGCGCACUUGAACUAUUCCAGUGAUUUUCGAUGUGCCACGUGUCUUGCAAAUGAUGUGUAA